CUUAAAAAGUCAGAAUUUCUGCAUAGAUUUGACAUGAACAAAAUUCAUCUCGUCUCAUUAUCUCUAGCCGCUUUAUCCUUCUACAGGGUCGCAGGCAAGCUGGAGCCUAUCCCAGCUGACUACGGGCGAAAGGCGGGGUACACCCUGGACAAGUCGCCAGGUCAUCACAGGGCUGACACAUAGACACAGACAACCAUUCACACUCACGGUCAAUUUAGAGUCACCAGUUAACCAAACCUGCAUGUCUUUGGGGGAAACCGGAGCACCCGGAGGAAACCCACGUGGACAACAUGCAAACUGCGCACAGAAGGGCCCUCACCGGCCACGGGGCUCGAACCCAGACCUUCUUGCUGUGAGGCAACAGCACUAACCACUACACCACCGUGCCACCCCUGAACAAAAUUAUACUUUUUUAUUAUUAUGACAUAUGGUGGUGCAGUGGUUAGCAAGAAGGUUCUGGGCUCGAACCUCACACCCGAACAAGGCCUUUCUGUGUAGAGUUUGUAUGUUCAUGCACCAGGUGGUACGGUGGUUAGAAGAAGAAACCUUUAUUUGUCACACUUCAAUUCAUCCUCUGCAUUUAACCCAUCUGAAGCAGUGAAAACACACACAGUCCUAUACAAACUCCACACAGAAAGGCCCCCGCCAGCCACUGGGUUCAAACCCAGGACCUUCUCGCUGUGAGGCAACUGUGCUAACCACUACACCACCGUGCCACCCCCAAGGGUUAGCAUGGUCACCUCACAGCAAGAAGUCAAAUCAAGUUUAUUUGUAUAGCGCUUUUAACAAUAAACAUUGUCGCAAAGCAGCUUUACAGAAUUUGAACGACUUAAAAUAUGACCUAAUUUUAUCCCUAAUCUAUCCCCAAUGAGCAUGCCUGUGGCGACGGCGGCAAGGAAAAACUCCCCCAGAUGACACGAGGAAGAAACCUCGAGAGGAACCAGACCCAAAAGGGAACCCAUCCUCAUUUGGGCAACAACAGACAACAUUACUAUAACAUUAACAGUCCUAGCAUAAAGUCAGCUUCGUUGAUGCUAUAAACCCCCCACCGACGGAAACCCGAGCGCAAAACCGUUCACGACAACUGCAGUCCCAAAGUCAGCAAGUCAACUGCAGUCCCCAGCCACAAAAGCACCACUGCAAGAGUCCAGAGCAUCCUCCAGGCGCAACCCCCAACUGUCCACAUGGGGCUGCCCUCCACAGGAGCGAUGCGAUGAGACUCCAACCAGACGGAGGGCACCAGGAUGGAUCAGGCAGGUCCGAGGAGCAGAAGAGGAUUUGAGAAGAAGCAGGCAGAGUUGAUCGUCAAUGCGCUGGUCACUCUGACAACAGCCAACAUGGACAUUGUAUACAGGGACAUGGUAACAGGAGCUCAUCAGGAAAUCGCGCUCCAGCAAAUUAUGGCUCAUCUGGAUUCCAUUAGGAAGGACAUGGUUAUUCUUGAGAAAAGUGAAUUUGCCAACUUAAGAUCGGAAAACGCAAAAAUGAAGACUGAACUUGAACAGAUCAAGAACAGACUGCUUGAGGAAAGUAAAAAAAUCAGAGCAGAUGCAAAGUUGGAUAUAAAUUUUGAGCGAAAUCGAGUAAUCGACAUCUUCACAGAGCAAGAGAAAAAAUUGAUGGAAAUCACCUCUGAGUUUCACAAAAAGAAUGCUGAAAUUGAAACUAGCGCAAUCGAAACCACCAAGAAAAUAGACAUCGAAGUGGCUUCGCUGAAAACGCUCCUGGAAUCGCUGAAGCUUCAGACGAUCCGAUAUCUCGCAGCGUGCAUCUUCUCAUGUUUGGCCAUUGCUCUCGGUGUCUACAGGUUAUGGAAGUAAAAUAAAUGUCUUUUACUUUAUUAACAGUUUUAGCUUUUUCAGUUAUGUAAAAUGAUUUGAAAUAUUAUUGUCAACAAAACCUGUUUUUAAUUUUUUUUAAUAUGAUAAACAUAUCCUCCUUGUAUUGUUUUCUUUCAUGAUGUAGCACAGCACCAGUCAAUAACCACUAAAAUACCUGAGCGGUGUUUUUGAGCCACAGAACAUGCAGCUUGUUCAUAAAUAUUUAAGUUAUUCCAUGAAAUCGAAUCAUACAUGAGCUGAUACACACAAGGUGUGUAGCACUGAGUUGGCUAUAAACCAUGCACGACGAGAUUGAAUGGAAUAACUCUUUUAUUCUACCCACAAUCACUGGAUUUUGAAAUACGGCACAUUUUUAUUUUUAGCAAAUUUGAUAAAUAAAAAACUUUAUACAAGACGUCUGACAAUCAGAUUCAAAACUUCUUAAAAACCUAUUGAAGGCUGCACGAAUUGACUUUUUUUAGUGUUGUUUUUUUGUAGAAAGUGCCGUCUUGCUGUCGUGCCGAGGUAUAGAAUAGCUUUAGACAUUUAUUUCAUUCUUCCUUGGACAUUUCACUUGUGCAAUUUUCAAACUUCUUUGAGCUUUUGAACCAGUCUAAAAAAAAUUAAACAAAUUUUAAUGUUUAAAGAUGAACAAUGUUAACAAACCGACAAAGACAGGAGCAAUUUGUGAAAAAUGCUAUAAUAAUUACUGAAAAAUAAAAAACAUAUGUUCUUACCAUCAAAUACUUUCAUUCCAUAUUUUGUUGCUUUUUUUGUAUUUUUGGGGGUUUUGUUUUCGAGUAGUUUUUAUUUCGUCCUCGGUUGUUUCAGCAACACGCUCCGCCAUUUUGUUUUUCUCUACUCAUGGUAUAUGAGCUGAUAGCCUAGUAGUAGAGUAGCCAAUCAGAGCACGCGAUUGCUCAUAUCCAGUGAAUGUGGAUAGGAUAAUUUGUGUUAUGACCACUAAAUCCUACUGGUCUGGAAUUAAAACUCACUCUACUGCUAUUUCUACCUUCUGUGAGGCCAUCCUUUAUUAUUAUUAUUAUUAUUAUUAUUAUUAAUAAAGCAUACAUUUUGUUUUAAGGCAGUUAAAAUGAACCAGAGUUUUAACAGGGAAUUUUACACACAAUGCUCUGGAUUUUCUUUCAUACAUUUUUCUAAAGCACAGAGUAUCAGCGAGGUAAAGACUAGACUCGUUUGUAAUGGUAUAAUCACUAAUGAAUUGGUGUGAAACGAUCAGAUAAUUAGGACUCAUGCAGAAGUUUAAGAUUGAAAUGAAUUGAAGCAACAAUCAAACGGAUUAUAAAUGGAUCAUUGUAAAAAAGACAAACCAACUGGAGUAUAAAAUUAAUUUUUUAAUGUGUAAAUAAUUUAAACGGCUCGCAUUUUUUGCUAGUGAAAGGGGUAUUAAGUUAAAUUUUUUUUUAAUGCAAAGAUAUGCUUAUUGAUUUUUUUUUUUUUUACAUUAUAAGCCUUGUGAACCAGGCGCUCUAAUGAUAACCCUGUGCCUCUGGAACGAGCUCAGAGUUAUAAGUUACUCAUCUCAUCUCAUCUCAUCUCAUUAUCUCUAGCCGCUUUAUCCUUCUACAGGGUCGCAGGCAAGCUGGAGCCUAUCCCAGCUGACUACGGGCGAAA